ACACGACAUCCCACAAGAUUACUUAGGUACACAACAGCCUCAUCACCGUUUCACAGUGAUGAAUUCUACCUCCACGACACAGAAAUCUACCCAAUAAAUGGAACAGAUCGAACCACGCCGCUACUCCUGAGUCCUAAGAGGAGCCUGGACGCAAACCAGCAGCAAGCCAGUUGCCACCAACCUGGUUAACUUACGCCUCUGAUCGAUCACUCGCAAUACGACAUAGAUUCUGGAUCAAAUUUACAAUGCCGGACGACGAAUACUCUAUCGGCGGGGGAAAACUAAAACUAAAGGGCAGCAAAGUGAGCGGGGGCCGAGUGGAAAAGAAGAAAAAGAAGAAGAGCAAGAACAAGGAUAAGGAGCAGGAGCAAUCCACGAAGCUUGAUACCGAGACAGGAGAAGAUGGAUUUCGGGGCUCUGCUGUGGUAGAAGAACGUCUUGGGUCUGAGGCCGUUGAUAUAACCAUGACCGUUUCGAGGAAGGGUGAAGAAGCAGAAGCAGAAUCGGCUGCGCGUACAGAGGAAGGACAACUGGGUAAAACAGAGGCGGAGAGGAAAUAUGAAGAGGCUAGACGGAGGAGGCUCCAACAACGCUUACAACGCGAGGGCAUCAAAACGCACAAAGAGCGAGUCGAGGAAUUGAAUAAGUACUUGAGUCGAUUGACGGAACAUCACGACAUGCCGAAGAUUGGACCAGGUUAAUAUCGCUCUUUGUGUGGGAAACAAUUGCUUCUUUUUGUAUUUCUUGCGUAUAUCUGUAUAAUAGUCUAUGAAAUGGAAAUGUGAUAUCGUCAUCAACUCAUCUUCUACCUAAUCCAUAGUGUCUUUCGCCAUAUACAUAGAUCAGCCCAAUAUCGCAAUCCAAACUCUCACAUGUAACCCAAACAUCUGCCGCAUGUGCUAAGAAUAAAUGAUCAACGGCGUCCUGAACGCUGACGUGCAUCUCACCAGACCCCAGAUAACAGACAGAUAGACAGACACUAUUGAAUCUUGAGGGAAGACUCGUAUUUGUCCAACUCACGUGCACGGAGGGAUGAUUCAU